GUGCAGAGAUUUCAGAGCCUGAGGGGCUGGAUCAACCUCCACACACAUGGACACAUCGGCUCCUUCCCUGUUUUUCUUUGGUUUUAUGUGACAUCUCUUUAUUACUGCUGGAUGCAGUUGGCGCUACAGAGACAGCCCCUUGUGUUUUAGGUGGGGUUGGCAGUACCGUUUCUAAUAAAUUAGAGAUUUGUGCAAGUUCAGCGUCAGAGGUUCUUCAGGGCUGGAAGUGAAAUUGAUUCUGGAGAGUUCAGCUUUGCUACAUCUGCUAUCCAGGCACCCGCUUUUAACCACUGAGAUCCACAAUCACUGGAAACAGCAAUGGCUCCUUUGAGGUCUGGAGCACAAGGAUUGUCUCCAGUGACUCUCCUGUGCUGUGUGACACUGGCUGUUUGGCUGUGUUGUGGAGCUCAUACUGAGGCUUCUGUGCUCAACUUGAAGCGUUUCAUCGGCUGUGCAGUUCGAGAAUUUACCUUUCUGGCCCGUAAGCCGGGAUGCGGUGGGCUGCACGUCACCACUGAUGCCUGCUGGGGACGCUGUGAGACCUGGGAAAAGCCUGUCCUGGACCCGCCCUUCAUCGAGUCGCAUCAGCGCGUGUGCACCUAUAACGAGACUCGAUUAGAGACGGUGCAGCUGCCGAACUGCUCAGCAGAUGUGGACCCGUCCUACACCUAUCCAGUGGCCAUCCGGUGCGACUGUGGGGUUUGUCUCACCAGCACCACUGAAUGCAUCACCUCGGUCUGAUAUGCAGGAGAAAACAGCCAUUUUGUAAUGGUUAAAACACCAAAGGCCAUGUGCACUGCAGGAAUAAAAUGAAUAAGUUUGAUAUCUAUGUACGUGUGGGAGAGAUUUUACCUUCAAAUGGUCUCUGUAUGUUUUGGUUGUUUAUCUAUCCUCCUCCGUUUUUUCCUGAAAAGAGCAAAAUUAUAAUAAUAAAAUAAAACUGCAAACACCA